GGUCCAGUCAGGUCCGUUCCUCCGUUCCCAAGUAAUUCGUCGUGAGGCAUCGGAAACGCGUGUACGUAACGGCGAGCCUCGCCGCGAUCGACCUGUCGUCUAUCUAACAUCUUCCCCGUCCACCUUUUGCUACGCGUUUACCGUUUGAUCGUCGAGGACGCGCGACGCCGCCGUCGAGUCAUCUCCGCGCGUGACACGUGGAACACAUCAGAGCGCCAGGAAGCGGCGCCGUUGCUGCAGCGUGCGACGACGAUUUUCCUUCUUCCUCAUUCUCCCUCCCCCCGCCGUCCUCGACGACGACGACGACGACGACGACGACGACGACGACGAAGAUGAUGAUGAUAAUUAUGCUCUAGCCGACAAACAUCCAUCCCGGUCAACGUCCGUCGCAAUACGAUGGAGUUUACGCCGUUGCUGAAGUCCGCGCCAAGUGCUUGCCAGUGUCACGCUCGCGUCAUCGUGUCAUAAAAUGGGUACAACUAUAUCGCAACUGGAAAAAGAUAUUGGCUCCGAUCAGUUUCCACCUAAUGAACAUUAUUUUGGUUUAGUCAAUUUUGGCAACACCUGUUACAGCAACUCAGUGCUGCAAGCUUUAUACUUUUGCCGACCGUUUAGAGAAAAGGUCUUGGAGUACAAAGCUAGAAACAAGCGAACUAAGGAGACCCUGCUAACAUGCCUGGCAGAUCUAUUUUACAGUAUUGCGACGCAAAAGAAAAAAGUAGGCUCCAUAGCUCCAAAGAAGUUUAUCGCCAGAUUAAGGAAAGAGAAAGAGGAAUUUGAUAAUUACAUGCAGCAAGAUGCGCAUGAGUUUUUAAACUUCCUCAUAAAUCACAUAAAUGAAAUUAUUCUGGCGGAGAGAACACAGAGCAAGCCAACCGGAGGGAAGUGUGGAGCAGGGGAUGCUGCAGGCUCGCCACCAGAGCCCACUUGGGUUCAUGAGAUAUUCCAGGGGAUACUGACGUCGGAAACACGCUGCCUUAACUGUGAGACUGUUUCUAGCAAAGACGAGGACUUCUUCGAUCUGCAAGUUGAUGUGGAUCAGAAUACUUCGAUCACACACUGCCUCAGAUGCUUCUCCAAUACAGAAACCCUGUGUAGCGACAACAAAUUCAAAUGCGAUCAUUGCAGCAGUUAUCAGGAAGCUCAGAAACGAAUGAGAGUGAAGAAACUACCUAUGAUACUAGCGUUGCAUCUAAAGAGGUUUAAAUACGUGGAACAGUAUAAUCGCCACAUAAAAGUUUCUCACAGAGUAGUUUUUCCACUGGAGCUCAGACUUUUCAAUACUAGUGAUGAUGCUGUAAAUCCAGAUCGCCUAUAUGAUCUGGUGGCAGUUGUGAUACAUUGUGGAAGUGGGCCUAACCGAGGGCAUUACAUUUCUAUAGUUAAAAGUCAUGGAUUCUGGUUGCUCUUUGACGAUGAUAUGGUCGAUAAAAUUGAUGCGUCAACUAUAGAAGAUUUUUAUGGACUUACGUCGGAUAUUCAGAAGAGCUCUGAAACUGGUUAUAUCCUGUUCUACCAAUCGCGAGAUUGUAGUUAAAGUUUAAUAUAAAUAGCAAUUGAAGUUAAGCACACUCCUAUACGCUAAUUUCGUAUUUUAACAAGAAGCGCGUGGUGCAUGUGAAUUUUUGAAUGUUCUAAUGGUUUUUGUCAGAUUAUUUAUGAAAAUGAGAUGUUUAAUUUCGGGAUGAAGGGGGGUUCAUAGAAUGAAUAGAGAGAAAGUGAAAUGUAGUUCUAUAAUUUAAAUCUAAAUUUUAUAUAGAAUUUUUGAUUUGUACAUAUAAAUCAGCAAGUUGUUGGAGAAAAAUUAAAAGCAGUUUAUAUUCUGUGCUUUAUCUAUGUUUAAAAGCUAGUCCGCCUUUUAAAGAAAAUGAAUAAUUUUCGUUAUCGCAGUAAUUUAACGUGUCCAUUGAUAUAAAGAGAAACGUUGGAAGCACUAUCAGAUUCUAUACAAAUGUAAAGAUAUGACUGAUAAUAAAAAUAUUGUUAUGAGA